ACCACUGCACGGAAAACAUGAACUGGUCAAACCAGGUCAAAAAAAAGGUGUGGUUUACAGUAAAAAGAGGGCACUAAGUAUACUAGGUGGCAGUCCGUCGAGGCUUCAGCACGUUUGUCGGAUUCACCAAAAUGGAAAGACGGAACAUUUUAUUUCUCACAUGGAAACCUUGCCACGUGGAGACUACAAAAUUGCAAUCUACAUGUCCUGGUCCCCCUGUUAUGCCUGCUCAGAGCAGCUGGUGCAGUUCCUUCAGGAGAAUUCCAACAUUGAGCUUUUCAUCUACAUGUCACGUCUCUACAACAUAGAUGUACAGGAAAACCAAGAUGGCCUGCGAUCACUGAGAGACGCUGGGGUGGAGAUCCAAGCCAUGCAAGAGAACGAGUUUGAAUACUGCUGGAAACACUUUGUGAAUCAUCAGGGACUGGAGUUCCCGGGCUGGGACAACCUUUCCGCACAAUCAUGUGAAGUGCAGACUGACCUGGAAAACAUUUUGGAGUAGACAUACCGAUGAACUUGGCAGAUCGACAAAAGAACAAAAUCUAUUUGUACUAGACCAUUCGAUGCACAUCUUUCAUACCAUAUUUCUUCAAAACAGGACCAUUUGAUCCGAUUGGACGUAGUGAUUGAGCGAUUCAGCUCUAUGGUUCCAUUGAAUGAUGGACACGUUCUUUUUUUACAGCACAAAAGAAGAAAUCAUGACUUCCUGUGCACAUGCUUUUCCUCAUGUCAGAGCUUGGCACCAAGAUCUUUUGACCCAGCAGAUUUGGUCACAUUUUAGCAGACCCGUAAUACAUUCAUAAAAGAACCAAAGUUCAUGAAUGUUUUUUGGGACCAACAAGUAUGUGCUCCAAUCACUCGAUCACAUAAAAAUAUGAUGCUUUACAGAGCGUAAAUGGGAAAGCGAAAAAGGAGGAUUACCUCCAAAUUCUUCAGGACAACCUAAAAUCAUCAGGGGUCUUGGGCGCAGUUGGGUGUUCCAACAGGACAAUGACCCCAAACACACGUCAAAAGUGGUAAAGGAAUGGCUAAAUCAGGCUAGAAUUAAGGUUUUAGAAUGGCUUUACCAAAGUCCUGACUUGAACGUGUGGACAAUGCUGAAGAAACAAGUCCAUGUCAGAAAACCAACACAUUUAGCUGAACUGCACCAAUUUUGUCAAGAGGACUGGUCAAAAAUUUAACAACAAGCUUGUGGAUGGCUACCAAAAGCGCCUUAUUGCAGCGAAAAUUACCAAGGGACAUGUAAGCAAAUAUUAACGUUGCUGUAUGUAUACUUUUGACCCAGCAAAUUUGCUCACAUUUUCAAUAGCCCCAUAAAAAAUUUAUAAAAGAACCAAA